AUGUUUUUUAAUCAUCUUCCGGUGGAAGUUAUUCAUCGAAUUUACGAUUAUUGUGAUACAACAACGAUAUUUUCUGCUCGAGUUACUUGCAAACAGUUACACUCGGCUGCUAAUUCUUAUAAUCAAUAUGAACUUGACUAUAAUUAUACAACAGCAGAUAAGUUAUCGAUAGUUAUUCGUUUGAUUCCAUUGGAAAACUUUGUUUCAGUGAUUUUAUCUCGUGGUUACUUUGAAGAUACUUGGAUAUCGGAUUUAUUAUCGCUUAUCGACAUUCGCAAGUUGAAUCGUCUACGUUCAGUAGCUCUUUCUGGUUUAAAUGACGAUGAAUUGGAGCGUAUUUUAGAGAGAAUAAAUUCGAACUUUAUUCUCUCACUUGCAAUUGAUUUCGAUGAGAAAAAAUGCAAUAAAGUAUUUGGUAUUGUGUCAUCAGCGAUUGCGCGAAUUAAUAUACGAAAACUUCAUUUAAAUACAAUUGGUUACAAUAACAAAAAAAUAACAUGGCCAACUAACUGCAGUUUAAAAUAUUUGAUUAUUGAUACUUGCACGGACGAUCAGUACCAAAUUAUAAUACACAACCUAUCUUAUUUAGAAAAUCUCUUUGUAGGAAAAUUUGUUGAUGAUUAUUAUGAAAAUGAUGAAAACCUCUUAUUAUCUUCAUCAUUGAAGUAUCUAACUAUAGCCGAGAUCUCGCUUCCUAUGAAAGACAUUCAACUUUUGCUUUUAAAAACACCUGGUCUUAUCAAUCUAAAACUUACUUCGGUCAAUCGAGUAUUUGACACUCUUUUCAAUGGUACGAGUUGGGAAGUAUUUAUUCGUAAUGCUCUGCCUUCGCUAAUUAAAUUCGAGUUUUUCUUUGAAAGCUGUUUAAGCGAAAAACAUUAUGAUCAUAAUGGGCGUUGCUAUUAUCAUAAAGAAGAUUAUAUUCACACGAGUCUCAACUCAAUUAUUCUUCCAUUUCGAACGCCAUUUUGGCUCGUAGAAAAAUGUUGGUUUGUUACUUGUGAUUUCACAAUAAAAUCUGGUGAAAUAAGGAUCUACACCAUGCCUGCAAUUGUUAUUGAAGAUUGGAGUGAAUAUAGAUGCGAAUUACUUCCAUCAGAUAGCGUACCUCACUUUGCGAAACGAUCAAUCAAUAAAACUAUCAACACUACUGGAGAUAAGACACUCACUAUAUUACGUCUUGAUGAUAAUCGAAUCGAUGCUGUUUCAGCGCAACAUCUUGCUGAUGCGUUAAAACAAAAUAAGGCGAGCACUCUUACUUUUUUGAGUCUAAAUCGCAAUGAAAUUAAAGAAGAAGGCGUAAAAUAUCUCGCUGAUGCCUUACAAACUAAUGCGACGCUUCGUAAACUUCACCUUGAUUGGAAUACGAUCGGGACUGCUGGAGUACAAUAUCUUAGUAAUGUUGUGCGACAAAACACGGUAAAUUUUUAUCCAUUUUAUUCUCUCAAUGAUUUUCCUAUCUUUCAUUUAACAUAGACACUCACCGAACUCAGUAUAGUCUAUAACAUGAUUGGAAACAAGGGAGUUGAAAGCUUGUGCGAUGCUCUUCGACACAAUAAAGUAAUCCACAUUAUCCUUUUAUAUAUUCAACUUCAGAUGGGACUGCGCUGUAUAUUUUUCUCUUUGUGUAGACACUGACUUCAUUGAGUCUUAUUAACAAUCAAAUAGAAUUUGUUGGUGCACAACACUUUGCUAAAAUUCUACAAAAUAAUUCGGUAGUUUGUUUAAUAUUUUUAAAUCUUUCGAACUUGUUUCUUUUUCUACAAAUAGACAAUCACCAAAAUCGAACUUGGAGCAAACUUGAUCGGAGACAAAGGUGCGGGGUAUCUCGCUGAUGUGUUUCGAAUUAAUUCAGUAAUUUGUAUCUAAAAUCGUUAUUUCUUUCAUAACUAUUUUAAUUGGUAUGCAGACGAUCCUCGAAGUGGACUUAAGACGAAACAGAAUCGGAAACAAAGGUGCCGAAUUUAUUGCUAGUAGUUUACGAUACAAUAAGGUAAGUCACAGUUUGUCUCCAUCUAUUUGAUAUAAUUCAUCUUUUAUACAUAUAGACAAUUACCGAAAUAGAUUUAAGUGACAAUAGAAUCGGAGACAAUGGAAUAGACUAUAUUAUCGAUGCCUUACAAGAUAACAUUGUAAUUCUCGCUAGUUUUAAGUCCAUCUUAUGUUUAUUUUCAUCAUUAUAUAUAGACACUUGAAACAAUAAAAAUUAACGAUAACCCAUGCAAUUUUGAAAAGAGAAAAUACUUAUAUGACUUCUUGAAAGGAAGGAGUGUGAGUUAUAUUCUUUCUUUAUUUUUCUUAUGUUUUUUUUAUUAUUUUUCUGCAGACAAGUGAAGACGAAACAGAUAGCUCCUCGGAAAGCUCAUAAGAAUUAUUAAACGACCAUCAAAAGAAAGACAAUACUUUUCAAGAGAUUCUGUUGUUUUUUUCAUUAUAUACAAAUGUCUUUUCUAUUUUAUUCUUGCUUUUAUUUAUCCAAAAUAAAGUCAUACGCAUGAAAUCAUUAUUACCUUAAAUUUUUAGCUGGAUUUUAGGAAUAAUUUUAACGCAUUAUGAAUAGAGCGCUUUUCACCGAUGAUUAUGAAACAUUAAUCAGGAAUAUAGAAUUAAUUUACAAUUUCUAUGACCAAUAUUUAUUUAUACAUCAAGAAAUAAAGAUUUAGCACAUGUUUUCAGCGAAUAUAUACAUUUGAAAUAUCGAGGGUGCUGUUGUUCUUUUCAUCCACCCUCACCCACACCUAGAGGCCUGCAGGGCAAGACAUUUUAGCAACCUGUACCCUGCCCUGCUCAGCUUUUGUCAACCUGCAACCUUCCAUGCCCUGCCCUGCUAUACGUUAUAAAAAAAACUCUAAAAUUUCAUAUCAAUUUGUUAUACAAUUUUAUUUAACUCAUUUUAAGUCAUAGAGUGAAUAAAUAAAAAAAACAAAAUCACAUAUCUCGAAAAUUUCAGAUCAUUAACAUAUCGUCUAUAACAUCUGGACUUAAUGUUCUGUAUAAUUUUAUAGAAUAUAUCGUUAGUAUUUAGUGUGAAAAAAUUAUGACAGGUUGACAGGUUACGACCCUCACACCCUGCAACCUGCCCUGUAAAAAUUUCUAUAACCUUGUCUUACCGUGCCCUGGCCGGGCAGGGCAGGUUAGCUCAGCCUGUAGGACUCUAGUGCCAACAUGUUAGUGAAUUGUUGGAUACUUUUUCAAUGUUUUGAUUCUGUACAACUAUAUACACUUCACAAGAUUUAUUAAAGCAUACCCAAAGUUCUGUUUCGUCUUGAUUAGUACAUCUUUUUCCAUAUUUUUGACUGUCGUAAAUAAAUGUUAGUGAACUUCGAUUAGUGGCUGUCCAUUCAAUAUCAGAUGUCAUAAUUUAAAUAACAUUUAAAUAUUUAUUUCAAUAUAAAAAAUAAUUAAAUAGCUACUGGUGGUGUGGAUGUAAGUGUGGGUGUGGGUGUGAGUUGGCUAGGGCUGAGAAAGAUAAAAAACUCACACUUACACCCACACCCACCCUCAAGAUGAUUUAGGGGAAUCACAAUUUACGGUAAAUGAUAAACAUCCUGGAUCAUGUAUAAAUUUAUUAUAUUAUCAUACUGAGAAUCUGGAAGAAAAAUAUUCACCUUUAUCAUUACCUACCAUCUCUUAUCAUAAAUGUACCUUGACCAUAUAAAAAUAGUUUUAUCGGUGAAUUGUUCAUGACUCAAAAACUCCUGACUACGCCACUAUGUUCACGUAUUAAGAACCAAUUAAAAUAUUUUGUUAAUUGUAUAACAU